GCGGGGCGGCGCACAGCAAGUACAGCGGUUUCCGCAAGAUAAUAUAACAUGUUGAAUCUUUACAUUUCGUUUGGGGCAAAUAUGGGGAACGAACUUUCUAUCGACGCAGAGCAAACGGAGACUGAGACGACUCUCGAGAAGCAUGAAAAUGAAAACGGAAUGGCGAAUGGCCUGUCUGCAAACAUUACAUGUUCAACUAGUGGACCGGAGAUUGAACUUAAUGCCAAGCCCACAGUCGAGGUAAAUGGCAAGCUCCCCUCUGCAAAAGUUGAACCAGACUGUCAACCUGCCGAGGCCCAAGUUAUUUCUGAAAUCCCUGAACCCACCAUCCAGAAGGAAGAGGUCAAAAAAAAUAAAAAAGAAAAAAGUAAUCCGUUCAAAAUGUUCAAAAAGAAAGCUGUAAAAGAGGCUUCAAAUGAAGAGCAAACAGACGCAAGUCCUCCACAGCCGGAGACAGCUAACCCACAGCAAGAGUCCGAACUAUUAAAGGAGCUGGAAAGUGUGAUUCCAGAACCUGCUCCAGUGCAAGAGAGCGCUCCUGAACCCAUAAACAGUCAACCUGAGGACACCCCAGAGGACACCCCAGAGGACACUACCAUAGAGGCGAAUCCAGUUAUGAACUUCCUCAGAGCAUUUGGAAAGACUCCCAUUAAAACCCCCAAAAAGGAAACAGCUACUCCUGAACAGCCCCCGAAGGAGACCCAACCAGAGGCACCCGCUACCGUUACACAAGCAUCCGAACCACCGUCUGUCCCACCACCGCCGCCUCAGGAGCCGCUGAAAAUGGAAAUCAAAGGAGAACUGGCUGCUGCACCUGUGAAGCCCACACCAAAAGAUGAACCAAAAGCACCCCCAAAAUCGGCCAAAAUUAGUUUCGGCAGUUUUUUUUGCCCAAAGAAGGUGGAUCCCUCAAAAGCUGGAACACUAGAGGCUGCUGCAAAGCCAGAACCGCCACCGGUUGUUCAGGAAGAAAAGAAAGCCUCGAAAUCACCAUUCAGCUUCUUCAAGCCUAAAGCCGCUGAGCCCAAGAUGGAAACAUCUGCCCCAGCUGGAGCAGAAGAGGCAGCUCAGGCAGUUAAACCUAAGGAAGAAGUGAAAAUAACAGUCAAGACGCCAGAUAUAGUUGUAUAUAACAAACCAGCAGCCGACCAACCUGGAGAUGACGGAGCCAAGGCACCCAAGAAAGCGGAGAAGACGAACUCCAUGCAUUCAUUCUUUAAAAGUCUGGGUCAGAAACGUCCCUCUACAGAUGCCGGGGUCCAGACAGAGGCGGAGGCGGCUGUAGCAGCCAAAUGA